CAUACUGGGACAGAAAGAGAAAUCUGAACUUUCCUUCCCAUCAUUCAGUAGCCAUGGCGGAGAAAGUGAACGUGGUGGUGAAGUGGGGCGGCACGGAGUACCCGGUCACUGACCUGGAGGGCAGCGACACCGUCUUAGAUCUGAAGGAGAGAAUUAAGCAGCAGACGGGGGUGUUACCUGGCCGGCAGAAACUCCUGGGGCUGAAACUGAAAGGUAAACCCCCUGAUGAUGACAUCCAGUUGUCUCUGCUGAAGAUCAAACCUGGAACCAAGAUCAUGAUGAUGGGAACUCGAGAAGAAAACCUGGAGGAAUUUCUGAAGCCCCCUGAGGAUGUGGGUGAUGAUGUCAUCAACGACUUUGACAUUGAAGAGGAGGAGGUGCUUGUAGAGAAUAGGGAGGAGAAUCUUGCCAAGAUCGCCCGACGAGUCAAAGACUACGAAGUGAAAAUCCUGAACCCUUCCCGACCUGGGAAAAAGCUCCUAGUACUGGAUGUGGACUAUACCAUAUUUGACCACCGAUCUGUUGGGCAGAAUGCGCUGGAGCUGAUGAGACCGUACUUACACGAGUUCCUCACACAGAGCUAUGAGCACUACGAUAUCGUCAUAUGGUCUGCUACAAGCAUGAAGUGGAUAGAGGCCAAAAUGAAGGAGCUAGGCAUGGCGGACCAUCCUAACUACAAGAUCAUGUUCCUCCUGGACUCUUCAGCCAUGAUCACUGUACACACGCCCAAAUAUGGUGUUGUUGAGUGCAAGCCCCUAGCUGUGAUCUGGGGCAAGUUUGACCAGUACAGCAGUAAGACCACCAUCAUGUUUGACGAUAUCAGGAGAAACUUCCUCAUGAACCCUCAGAACGGACUCAGGGUGCGACCGUUCCGAGAAGCUCACCUGAACAGACACAAGGACAGGGAGCUGAAGAGACUCGGGCGGUACCUCAGGGACAUCGCACCGCUGGACGACUUCAGUCAGCUCAACCACAGACACUGGGAGAGGUACAGACCCAGAAAACACAGGAAAAAAUCCAGUGACAACGAAGAUCAGGAAAACAAUGAUGAUGAGGACAGAUCAAGACAUCAAACCCAGGAGGAAUCAGGGAAAUAAUGCCUGGAAGCUUUACUGGACACACAGUGUCUACAAGACAAGACCUGGUGAUCCACACAUGUAUUCUUCUCUACCAUAGUACGAAGUAAAGCCCCACAAGCCAGGUUUUAUGGACCCAUGGUAAAUUUUACCUGGUGAGAAUUAAGACGAAAGAAGCUUACAUAUCAUACGCUUCUCUAGAAGAGAUGAAUUUAAAGAAUUUGGAAUGGGAUCUUUUGCAUCAGUGUGAAGAAACUCUACUUAAUUGCUAAACUGCUAAAUGAACAUGUUGCACAAGUGUCACUUGUAUGAUGUUGUAACAAGUAACAUGUAAACUAUACUGUACUCCUGAAUAUCAAAUCUUCAGGAAGGUUACCAUAGUACUAGUAGUUUACUCAGCUUCUGUCCUACCCCCUAGUCAUUCAAGUCUAUACAUUGUACAUGAUGUAGUAAAGAACAUAACUGUUAUAUAUGUGGAAGACAUGCCACA